AUGCUCCAGUUCCUGGGUAUUUCAUGGUUUCUACAAAUGACGAUAGCUGCAACCAGUGAAACCUUCACACUUGACAUUAGAGCGGGGCUGGAAAAAGCGUUGGACCAAACCCUUAAUCGGCCUUCCGCCGAGAAUUUUGAUGCGUGUACUUUUUGCGGAUUUGCCAUCGGCGUCCUCGCAGAACAACUAGGACAAUCAACAACCGAGGAGAAAAUCUUGGAAGAAUUAGAGCAACCAGAGAUUCUUCACGUACUUGCAAAGGGAAGAUUUGCACCGCAAUUUUUGUGUGGACUAAUGCUGAGUGGAUGCGGAGAGUCGUUGUCAGAUCCUAGGAUCGAAUUGUGGCCAAUGGAUAUACCGAAAGAUAAGCCGGAUGUGAAGCACUGGCCAGUCGUCCCGAGUGGGAAGCCAACACUUCGUAUACUGCAUAUAUCAGAUCUGCACAUUGACAGAGCAUACAAAGUAGGAUCCGAAGCCGAUUGUGACUUUGGUAAUUUGCCCAAGAAGCUUUGUUGUCGACAGUAUCAGGGUGAUGAUCCCACCAGACCAAUUAAAAAACAAGCCGGACCAUGGGGCACAGUGGCUAGUUGCGACAUACCCUUCCAAACUUUUAUUAGCGCCUUGAACCAUAUAAAAAAUACGGAAAAGCUGGACCUCAUCUACAUUACCGGCGAUUUGGAAGCUCAUGAUAUCUGGGCCUACAGUAAAACUACAACCAGCGCUAACAUUAAGAACAUUACCGAUGUCUUGAAUUCAUUUUUCCCUAGUACCCCGAUAUUCCAAGCCACCGGGAAUCAUGAAGGCGUACCGAUGGAUGGGAUGCCGCAGCAUAGCAUGCUAAACUACGAAAAGUAUUCACCAGGCUGGCUCUAUAGUGAAUAUGCAGAGGCUUGGGCACCUCAGUUGACACCAGAGGCUAUAAAUCAAACCAAAUAUCGCGCCUCUUAUGCCAUGUCUAUCAAGAAAAAACUGCGAUUGAUUUCGUUGAAUACGGUUUAUUGUUCCCAGUUUAAUAUGUUUCUAUUUCUUGACCUCUAUGAUCCGGAUGGAACCCUAAAAUGGCUAAUUGAACAACUUCUAGAUGCCGAAUCAAAAAAAGAAAAGGCAGCU